CCUCUAGCACUAUGGCUGGCUCGAUUUUGUUGUUUGGGUGUUUACUGGCGGUGUCACAAGGCUGCUACAACAAAAAGAACGUCUUAUUUCUUAUUGCUGAUGAUGGCGGUUUUGAAGCAUCAGUGUACAACAACAGUGCUAUAAGGUCUCCUAACAUUGACGCUCUGGGAGCUAUGAGUACGAUAUUUGACAGAGCAUUUACGUCUGUGUCAAGUUGCAGUCCCAGCCGUUCUGCGAUUUUAACUGGAAUGCCAACACACCAGAAUGGAAUGUAUGGUUUGGAGCACGCUACACACCACUUCAGAUCAUUUGAUGACGUCAGAAGUCUUCCAAUGCUUCUUGCAUAUGCGGGAUACAGGACAGGAAUUAUUGGCAAGAAGCAUGUAGCCCCGGAAGCUGUUUAUCCAUUCAAUUUUUCAAAAACUGAAUUUGAUGACCCAGGAAUGAGUCGUCAGUUUGGAAGGAACAUUACAUUAAUCAAAGAACUGGCAGACAGUUUUCUUGAUGAGUGUCAACACGACUCAAGUCCAAUUUUUCUUUACAUUGGGUUUCGAGACCCUCAUCGUUGUGGUGGGGCUGCUGGCUCAUUUUGUGAAGUGUGGGGAUCAGGAGGAGAUAACGGAGUCAUACCAGACUGGAAACCACAAUACUACCAACCUGAGGAAAUUAAAGUGCCCUAUCACGUUCCAGACACACCUGCAGCUCGUGAUGAUCUGACAAAGCAAUACACUAGUAUCAGUCGUAUGGAUCAAGGCAUAGGGCUCCUAAUUGAAUCAUUCAAAAAACAUGGACUUCUGAACAGCACGCUUAUUGUUUAUUUUAGUGACAAUGGGAUUCCAUUUCCUGCUGCGAAGACUAAUCUGUAUGAAUGUGGUAUGGGAGAACCGUUAUUUGUCUACAGUCCAACAGCUAAAGCUCAGGGGAUUCACAGUCGAGUGUUGGCCAGUUCACUUGAUCUUGUGCCUACAGUCUUGGACUGGUCGGAUGUCAAAUAUCCUUCGUACAAACUCAAUGGAAUGGAAGUAAACCUUACUGGACACUCUUUGCUGCCUGUUGUAGAGGGUCACGCUGAUCCUAAGGAUUAUGACACUGUCUUUGCUUCCCAUCAAAUGCAUGAAGUCACAAUGUAUUAUCCAAUGCGAGUCAUACAUCAAGGUUCUUACAAACUCAUUCUGAAUAUUGCUAAUAAUCUUAGUUACCCAAUUGCUGAGGAUCUUUAUGGCAGUGAGACUUGGCAGGAUGUUUUGAAACGUGAAGCGCAAGGUCAAGCUCAGCACUGGUACCGAACAAUUAAUCAAUAUUACUUUAGACCUAAAUGGGAAUUAUUCAACCUGGAAAGUGAUCCAAUGGAGCUGCAUAAUUUAGCUGAUGACACAGCUCACACAGAAACUCUUCAAUCCCUUCAACAACAGCUCAAGACAUGGCAGCAUAAGACAAACGAUCCUUGGAUGGUCAAGUACACCCACGAAUGAACAACUGACUGAUUUCUCAACUCCAACAAUGUUGUAACAGUUUUUUUGCAAUUUUAGUUUUUGACGGUGGUUGUUUGGCCAUUAUAGUGAGACUUUCGAACUGGAAGUAUACGUGGCUGGUGCUGAAGCGUUUAAGUGUUAGACUCGA